AUGAAUCUCUGACUGACGAUGUCUUUGAGAACUCGAGCAUCGUCCUGGCCUCGUCUUCUACUUCGCCGGAACCCUAGAUCUUCAUUUUCCCGUCAAAUCUCUACUCUUGAUUCCUCAACAUCCACAUUUCCCAGAAGAAUCUCCGGUUACUCCUCCUCCUCCUUCCCCGUAAAUCAUACGCCAUGGAUCUCAUCUCAGAGGUACCGUUUCUUCUCCUCAUUCACAAUGUCACCAUCGGAAGCUGAUAGAGUAGUGAGAGAUCUUAUAGCGGAGGUUGAGAAAGAGAAGCAGCGUGAGAGAGAGGAGAGGCAAAGACAAGGACUUGAUUACAAAGACAUUGAUGCCGAAGACGAGGAGGAUUACUUAGGGAUUGAGCCGUUUAUCGAGAAGCUUAAGAAGCAGAAUUUGAAAGAUGAUGGUGAAUUAAACAGGCGUGAAGAGUCGUCUGAUUCUGAUAGUGAAUAUGAUGAGAUUGAUUUGGAUGAAGAAAGGAAGAAAGAAGACAUCUUUAAUAAGAAGUUUCAGAGGCAUAAGGAGCUUCUUCAGACUCUUACCAAGUCAGAGACACUUGAUGAGGCGUUUAGGUGGAUGAACAAAUUAGACAAAUUUGAGGAGAAGCAUUUCAAGCUUAGACCUGAGUAUAGGGUUAUUGGUGAGCUGAUGAAUCGUUUGAAGGUAGCUGAAGGGAAAGAGAAGUUUGUUCUCCAGCAGAAAUUGAAUAGAGCUAUGAGGUUGGUUGAGUGGAAAGAGGCUUUUGAUCCAAACAAUCCUGCUAAUUAUGGAGUUAUCGAACGUGAUAAUGUUCAAGGUGGUGGUGAGGAAAGAGAAGAGCGUCUUGUUGUUGAUGGGUCUAAGGAUGACAAUGAUGAUGAUGAUGAUGAAGAGGAGUUUGAUGAUAUGAAAGAAAGGGAUGAUAUUCUUUUGGAGAAGCUGAAUGCAAUUGACAAGAAACUUGAGCUUAAGCUUUCUGAGCUUGAUCAUACAUUUGGAAAGAAGGGGAAACGGUUGGAAGAGGAGAUUAGAGAACUGGCUGAAGACAGAAAUGCUUUGACAGAGAAGAAAAGACAACCGUUAUACAGAAAAGGGUAUGAUGUGCAUGUGAUAGAUGUUAAAAAAGUAGCUAAGGUCACAAAGGGUGGCAGGGUUGAAAGGUACACUGCAUUGAUGGUUUGCGGAAAUUAUGAAGGUGUCAUUGGGUAUGCGAAAGCAAAAGCUGAGACUGGCCAAUCUGCAAUGCAGAAGGCGUAUGAGAAAUGCUUUCAGAAUCUUCAUUACGUAGAGCGGCAUGAGGAGCACACCAUUGCACACGCAAUACAGACUUCUUACAAGAAAACCAAGUUAUAUCUAUGGCCUGCACCAACAACGACGGGAAUGAAAGCUGGGAGAGUUGUCAAAACAAUCUUGCUCCUGGCGGGGUUCAAAAACAUCAAAUCAAAGGUGAUUGGUUCAAGGAACUCAUACAACACCGUUAAGGCAGUUUUGAAGGCCUUGAAUGCGGUCGAAACGCCAAAGGAUGUUCAGGAGAAGUUUGGCCGGACAGUUGUUGAGAAAUAUCUGCUGUGAGAUCUGCAUUCACGCUAUUGGUAUGUAUUUGCUGAGUUUUGGAUGAAGUUUAAUUUGUGGCUGUAGAUUAGUAGUGUAUUUCUUACUCUACAGUUGAAUCCAUCCUUUUAAGAUGUUGGGGAAAAAUAAAAUAGUUAAGAAUAC